GAGAGUUCCCAGCAAAGCUCCUCUAGGAUCUUUGUGUCCCAGCGCUGGGUGCCAGUGUGGGUAUACACGGGCGGACGAAGGGAGUUGAGGGUUGGGUUGGUUCUGACUUGUGUAACACACUAGCGUUGUAUAACACACUAGCGUUGUAUAACACUCGACUCCAACCCCACCCUCUCUCCCGAAACAAUCAACAACCCCGUCGUUUUGAUUUUUUUUGGUCCUGCCCAGAACUGGGGCUGCCUGAAGACAGACACAGACACAGAGUGAGUGCUGGAGUAACUCAGCGGGAGGGGGCCAGGAGGCAGGCAGGCAGCAUGUGUGGAGCCACUACCCCGGGACAUUCAGACAGGCAGACAGAGCCGGGGAGCCCCGCGAUGGACUCCAACCCCGCGCUGCUCAUCGUCGGCGGCUCAGUAGCGGCUUUCGCGCUGAUCAACGGGGCGGCGAGGCUGCUCCCCAUGCCCGAGUCUGCCCAGAGAAACAGCUGGAAAUGGAGAAACAUCUGCACCUCCCUGGUGCACAGCGUGGUGACAGGGGCCUGGGCCCUCCUCUGUUUUUACCUGCAUCCUCGGAUGGCGCAGGAUCUAAUCGGCACCUACUCCCCCUCCUCCCACUGCCUGGUGUCGGUCUCCAUAGGUUAUUUUGUCCAUGACUUUACAGACAUGCUGCGGAACCAGAGGUGGCAACAUUCCUGGGAGCUACUUUUCCAUCAUUCUGUGGUGAUCGGCUGUUUCGGCAUCUCCGUGUGCCUCUGUCGCUACGUGGUGUUUGCCGUGGUCGCCCUGCGUGAGAUCAACUCCAUCUUCCUGCACCUGAGGCAGAUCACUCUGAUGGGCAACAUGCACCGAGCCGUCGCCUUCAACCUCAACAGCAUCGUCAACCUGGGCACGUACGUGGUGUUCCGCAUCAGCACGCUGGCCUGGAUGACCCGCUGCUGCCUCAACCGGGACAACAUCCCGCUCCUCAUGUACGGCAUCGGCAGCGCGGGGAUGGCCGUCAUGACCGUGAUGACCAUCGUGCUGUUCUACCGACUUCUCAGGAGCGACUUCCUCAGCCCAGCAGGGAAGGAAGAGGGAGAAAGAAAAGAAAAUCUAAAAAAAAAAAAGGCCGUUAAUCUCUCCAUCACGGAACCGGGGCUUGGAUUCACUGACGGGAAAAAAAAACGGAUAACGGCAGGUGCAUGGACAACGCAACAUCGCCCAUUCCUUCUCUCCAGAGAUGCUGCCCGUCCCGCUGAGUUACUCCAGCUUUCGGUACGUGGUUAUGUGCUGGGCUAA